UGGCAGAGCACAAUACACAGUGAGCAGAGCCAUGAAUGGUAGUAUGAUCCGCCAGACCCCGAUAACAUGUACGGGGCACAGUCGGCCAGUGGUGGAUAUCGAAUUCAGUGAUAUCACUGAUGAUUUGUCCUACUAUCUGAUUAGUGCCAGUAAAGAUGGCAAGCCUCAGCUUAGAGAGGGUGGCACAGGAGAUUGGCUGGGAACGUUUGAGGGUCACAAAGGUGCAAUCUGGGCAGUGGACAUCAGCUAUAACGGUACCAGAGCUGCUACUGGUGCUGCUGAUUUUACCUCCAACUAUUGGGAUGCCGAAACUGGAAACUGUCUUGCAUCCUUCACUCACUCCCAUAUUGUAAAAUCGGUGUCAAUAAACCGGGACACGCAUUUAUUACUCACUGGUACUUCAAGAUCGGUACUGAGUAUCUGGGAUGUCCGACAACCGCAGAACUCCAUCGAGGAGUACGCAGGACAUAACGGAGGCAUCAAAGGAUGCAAGUUCUUGGGUAAUGACAAUUACUUCAUAACUACUGGUGAAGACAAACUGAUGAAAGUGUGGGAUAGACGAGCUAAAAAGGAGCUGAAACAGCAGUCUUUCGAUCAGCCUCUCAAUAGCAUGGUGUUGAAGGAUGACGUUAAAGUGGUCACAGUAACGUACGGUAACAACGUGGCGCUCUACGACGUUACAACGUUUGAUCUGUUACGCACACACAGUUUACCUUGCGUUGUGAACAGUGCUUCUCUUCACUUAGACCAGAGAUAUUUCGUGUGCGGGGGAGAAGACCUAUACGUUUACAAAGUGAGUAUAGAGACAGGGCGGGUACUAGAGUCCUACAAGAAACACUUCGGUCCGGUCCACUGUAUCCGAUACUCCCCGGACGGAGAGCUGUACGCGUCAGGCAGCGAAGACGGCACCAUCCGUCUCUGGCAGAACUGUGUUGGUAAAACAUAUGGACUGUGGCAAUGCCCAGACCUUACUAACAACAGCCCGGCUAACCAAGAGUUUGUUAUGAGCUAAUGACGUGAGUCACGUGACAGGGUAGUGUGUCACGUGACAGGGUAGUGGGUCACGUGACAGGGUAGUGUGUCACGUGA